GGAUGAUGAAACAAAGUGUACACGUGUGGAAACCUAAACCUUGAGGGUGCACGUUUCCUUAAUUUGUUCCUCCUCGUACCCUAUUUCACAAGUCACACCUCUUCUUGAGUGUUUUCCUCUUCAAUUCUUCUUCUUUCUUGAUUAUUUUUCUCUCUUUUUAAGAAUUCGGAUGAACCCUUUUUCGUGUGGUUGAAAGGGUUUUGUUUUUAUAACAGAUAAUUGCAUUACAAAUCUCAUAGGUUAAGAUACAUGAAGGAUAUUAUGGCCACCAUGGAGGUAAAAGGCAUAAAUUGGGUUGGAAACAUGUACCAGAAAUUUGAAAAUAUGUGCCUAGAUGCAGAAGAUCUGAUGUAUGAGGAUACAGUUGAAUAUAUUGAGAAUCAGGUGCAGAAUGUUGGAGAAAGUGUGAAAAAGUUAUAUUCUGAUAUCAUGAAAGAUUUGAUUCCUACACUUUCAUGUAUUUUGGAUGAAAGUGACGAUGACUCUGAAUUGCCGAUAGAUCAACAGACCGAUGCUAGGUUUGGUAAGAAGCAAGUCCAAAAUUUCAUGGAAAGAUAUGCAAAAGCUAAUACCAAACAAACAGCCGAGCGUCGGAGAAUCGGUCUUAAUAUUGAUAAAGAUGGCAUACAUGCUGCAGCAUAUGAUGGAACUGGUAAGACCGGUGCUUUGUUUACGUCGUCUCCGAGGAAGCCUGUCAAAAAAAGCAAUAUUGUUUCGCGUUCAAGACAACACAUUGGGAGCAUGGAUGUUAAACCAAAUCAAGGCAUUGAUGUGAACAGAGUAAAUGAAAAAAUGGUUGCAACCAAAAUAUUCAAUGAAAUCGCCUCGGCAGAAACAAAUACUUGUGUUCCAUCACAAUGUUGUGAGAUUUCAAAUGAGGAUCAAAAUCAUAUUGCUAGUGUUUCAAAGCCAGCUUCAGAUGAAGAAAAACAGAUAAGUACGAGUUCUUCUGAUGAUCAAAGUCCUAAAACCAUGCAAGAAGAUCUUGAGGAAACUUGUGUUAUGGUGACGAGCGACGAUCUCGAAUUAGUUCCCAAAGAAAUUGCCAAUCUGAAGGCUAACAAGAAAACAACGCGGAAAGGGUUUUCUUUAUCGAAGAAGUCGGCAAGAAAACAAGAGUAUAAGGAGCUUGCAGUAUGGCACGGGAAGAGCGGAGAUUUAAUGAAGAAGUUAGAUGAAACUUGUAAUGUGUCUGAACCUGAAUGGGAGCUUCUGUAGAUACACAACCAAUCCUACAAACUUGAUUUCCACUCCAAAAGUCUUUAUGAAGGAGAUUAAUGCACCCUUGUUGCAAUUUCAGAUGUUGAGAAGAUUUAAAUUCCUAAAAUAUCUUUGUAACUUUAUUUAUUUUAGGGAAAUAAUGAACACUUCCUAUUUGCAUAUCAUGAAUUACAUUUCCAUUCUCAAUUGUAUGUAUAUGUCCAUUCUGAUUGAUUCAGAGUCCUCCAGAAAUUUCUUUCGUUCAGCA